GUUCAUGGAUGGUGAGGUACGAGGCUUCGAGUCCCCCCACUGCUGCUGCUGCUGCUGCUGCAGGUGUCUGCUGCUGCUGCUGCUGGUGGUGGUGUCUGCUGCUGCUCUCAUCACCACCCGGGCCGCUGCUACCAUCUCCUCUCCCUCACACUUUCUCUUCAACCAUGAAGGAUCAGUCAGUGAUGCUGGAGAAUAGCGUUUUGUCCUCUGUCCGUCAGUUUGACCAGCUGCAGGAGGAGAGAGUUCAUAGUUAUAGACUCUUAGAAGAAGGUCACAAGAUUUAUCUAAGUACAGAACCAAACUAUGAUUUCCCCACCUUCAGGAAACUUGUUCACGAUGUUACUCAAGACUUCAAGCGGAUUUCCGAAGGCAUCAUAGCUGUUGAGAAGGCUCUAAGAACUGAUGGGCACACAACUAUUGCUGAUAUUAUUGCUGCAGUUCAGGAGAGUGAGAAGAAGAAAUUAGAGCUGACCACCCACCUACAGCUGGCUCGUCAAAUGGUAGCAGAGUUUGACAGCGGGGAAUUGGAAAAAAAUAAGGUUAAGGAAAUUAGGAAUGAGUUGGGACAAGUGGUGGAAGAAAUCAAUGACCUACUGACAGAACUACGAUAUGAAGUUCACAAUGGAGAAUAAGACCUAAAUUAACAAAAUUAGGUUAGUAUAAUGUGCCAUAUUAUGUGAAGAUGGUUUAUGAUUGCUUAAAGAACUAACACAACUUUUAGGCUUGAGUACUUAGACAAUUUCUUAUGACCUUGGAAGAAAUAUGACCAUUCAUUUACCUUAAAUUGGCAGUAAAGAACUUUAAGGGUAUAAAUCAACUGAUGGAAGAUUUUGUAUAAAUGUAGAUUGAAAUCUCAGUACUGUAAAUCCAGUAUUAUAUUCUGGUGGUGGGUUCACUUAAAGCUUAAGAUAUUUUAUAUCCAUUGAAACAAAAUUUCUCUGUUACUUAAAUAUGUAGAAUAUUUUAUAUUAAAAUGUGACCAGAUGUUUAAUUAACCUGCUGUUCCUAGCAGUAGUACAGUUUCAAUGCUCAGCUAGCAUAGUAUACAUACCACUUAUUUAGCUUAAAAACUAAAUACAAUACAGUAUUUAAAGAGUAUGCAGUAACAUCUUUUAACUUAUUAGUGUAUAAAUCCAUAAAUAGUAGACAUUAAAUUAUCUAAGCAUUAUUAUUAUAUUCAAUAAGAGCACUAAACCCCUAUGGGUCAUACAGUGCCUCUGUCUAAGCAUUAUUAAAACUACAUAACCUUGAAAAUAAUGUGCAUGCUCUCUACAUUUUGUGAUGAAUGUUGGGUGUGUGGUAUAUAUAAUGCUUGCUCCCUGCAUUGUUUCAUAAUUUACAUCAAAGUUUUUGCAAUUAUAAUUAUGGUGAGAAAUGUCAUUUUCUAAUGCGUGUGCACUGUAUUUAGGGAGUUCUAGUUUCUCCAUGGUUGAAAAGCAGUUUAUAUUUUACACAAAUAACCCACACAUAGGAGACUGAAACUAAUGAUUCCAAUUAUUAACUUGGAUCAUUAGCAAGUCAAGUUCAAACGAGAGGGUAAGGAGGCCAGAAUAUAUACAGGAGAGGGCAGGGAAAGGGAGUGGUGAAAUGGGAGGAGGGAGUAGUAAUAGUAGUAGUAGUCUUAGGAGGAAGUGGUAGUAAUCGAAGUGUUUCUCCUAAGUGUGGAUUAUUUGUCAUGUUCCAGCCAUGGUAUGUGACUUUUAUUCUUCAUUUUAUAUUUUAACCAUUUGUUUUUAUGUACAACUUAAAUAAUUGAAUUUAGAAUGCUCUUAUCUUCACACAAGGGGCCUAGCAAAAUGAAAGGUAUUGUAUAAUGGUUUUAAAGUGUUCAUAUUCAUAUAUAUAUUUUUAUUUAAAAAAUAUUGGUUUUAAUGAUUUUAAUUAUCACAUGUAAGCAGUUUAAUGUAAAAUCAUUUGUGAUAGUUCAUUAAACAAAAAAGUAUAGGAUGUAA